UGUCAACUGCUCCUAGCGGCGAGAAAUGGAACUAAAAUUAUUAAAAACGUAAUGGUGGCUGCUUGCGGUCCAUUGCUGACAACAUUAUUUAUAAAACCGUAUGAAAACCUUCAAAAACUAAUAAAAUAGCACAGCAUUUCUGGAAAAAUUGGCCAGCAUGAACAAUCAAUGCUGUUUCAUCUGCAACAACCGGGCAGGCCUGUCUCUCAGAAAUGCUUCCAGCCUUUUUGGUGAACAUAACACACUAUCGUCAGGCAGAAAAGUUUCAGAAGUUGUGAGCGAGAUUGUCAAUAAGCCAGUUGUGGAAAACAAGGUGCAUACCAACAUACUAUGCAAGAAAUGCUAUAAAACGUGCAAUGAGUAUGACAGCAUUCAAGUUAGAUUACAGGCUAUAAAGAAAGAAAUGCUGGAACAAUUCAAAUUGUCUUUGCCUAAUCACAAUUUGGACUAUGAAAAUUAUGAGAAAAAUGUUUGCAACCCACCUAAACUCAUACCAAUUCUUGGCAAGAAACUUGUGUUACCUGCGUCAAAAUUACAGCCUAUUCCACCGGAUUUAUUGUUGAAAGUGGGGAAAAUAGCAUCGUUUUCUAAACCUAAUUUGAUUCUACCACAAAUUAAGCCGCAAACCACAGCAUCAACCGUAAACCUGAAAGUUACAGUAGGAUCUUCAGUUUUAACACAAACAGUCAAAACUACAACAAGCAAACCCAUCGAAAAAGCUAGUCUAGACUCAAAUUCAAUACUAAAUUCCUUAACCAACGCCUUAAAAGAUGAUAUAGAUACUCUAUCUAGUUCUAAUAGUUUGAGUCAAAAAAACUCAAUUUUGAGUUUUAAUGUUAACUCAUUACCAAAAGAUUUUCUUUCCGGAGCCGUUUUGACUAAGAUCGAUGAUAAGGAUGAUGAUGAUGAUGAUAAGGGUGAUGGGAAUGCUGAUGAUCAUCCCAUGGAGAUUGAUGAAGAUUGUUUAUCAGUAGUACCUGUAACUACAUCUGAAGGUGGAAACCUAGUCCUCAAAGUUGAAGGGUUACAGACAAAAUCUUCAGCGCCAGAGGUGAGCGAGUAUCUAAACGUGGAAAUUCCCACACUGGACGCGGACACAGACGUGACGGACGCACAGAAGUACAUCCUCGGCAAGCUGGAGAUACUCAACGAGGGUGAUGAUGAUGACGAAGAGGGACACACAAUAGUAGUGGACAGUGAGAACGGUGAAAUACUUCGCAUGGUAGCCGGACAGAAGUUCAUCUACGAGGGUGGAGAGAUAUCACUGGUGAUGCCCGAUGAUCACCAGCCUGAGGACGGUGAUCAGCAGGAUAAUGGUGAUAGUCAAGAUUCUAACGACGAGUCGCAAAUAGAGCUACAGGUGUCAGGAGACGAGGAAACUGCUAAUGCCAUCAUUGCUGCAGCACAAGAACAAGGAGGUGCAUUUAUAAAGGUGGAGUCGGGCGAGAUGUUCCGCGUAAAGUCUGUGUCCAGCACCACGGCUGACGGCUCCGACGUGGACGCCUUGCAGAUUGUGGCGCAAGAGGGGAACAUGUUCAAAUGUCUGCUGUGCGAGAAGAACGAGUCCAGUGCUAGCACGGUGUGUGCGGCAGACAGCAUGAUGCGUCACCUGAAGAGCUGCCACGGCGCCCGCCUGUACCUGUGCCGGCACUGCGGCGCCGCCAUGCGCAGGCGGACACACUAUGCGCAACAUAUUGCAUCACACGCGACAGAGGCUACGCCCCCUUCCGGCCGGGCUGCUGCCCAUCGCUGCAGCACGUGCGGCAAAUGCUAUAGCUCCCGUACUCUCCUGCAGGAGCACAACAACGUGCACUCGGGGGCCAAGCCCUACGCCUGCGCGCUCUGCAACAAGGCCUUCGCCUCCAAGUACACGCACCAGGCGCAUCUCAAGACGCAUGCCGUCCGUCCGCGUCCCUUCAAAUGCAAUCAAUGUGGCAAGUCGUUCCUCACGCAACAGAAUCUGAAUCAACAUGAGAAGACUCACUCCGGCAUCAAAGACUUCGUCUGUAAUAUAUGCAACAAAGCGUUCAGCACACAGCACAACCUAGAAGUCCACGGGGUUGUACACUCAGGGAACAAGGCGUUUGUAUGCAGCGUUUGUGGGAAAGCCUUCGCCAGACGAGCAGAACUCAGGGACCAUCUCAGGAUACACACCGGAGAGCGUCCAUUUUCAUGCGAUAUCUGUGGUGCUCGCUUCACGCAGCGCUCGAACCUACACUCGCAUAGACGGGCCACACACUUCGAUGAUAAACGAUACCACUGUGACCAGUGCCCUAAGCGGUUCAAACGGAGGAGACUGCUAGAAUACCACAUAAAGGCGACGCACACAGGCGAGCGGCCGCUGAAGUGCGGCCUGUGUCAGCUGUCCUUCGUCUACCCCGAGCACUACAAGAAGCACGUGCGGACACAUAGCGGGGAACGACCUUAUGUCUGUGAGAUCUGCGGCAAAUCCUUCAAUUCUCGCGAUAACCGCAACACGCAUCGCUUCGUGCACAGCGACAAGAAGCCCUACGAGUGUGUCGCUUGCGGCGCCGGCUAUAUGAGGAAACAGCUGCUCUAUGCGCAUAUGAAUACUAGCGUAUGUAUUGUUCACUACACUAUCUACAUAAUGUUCACUACACUCACUACACAGCGACAAGAAGCCCUACGAGUGUGUCGCUUGCGGCGCCGGCUAUAUGAGGAAACAGCUGCUCUAUGCGCAUAUGAAUACUACGACAAGAAGCCCUACGAGUGUGUCGCUUGCGGCGCCGGCUAUAUGAGGAAACAGCUGCUCUAUGCGCAUAUGAAUACUAGCGGUCAUUUAGCGGAAUCAAUAGUAGUCAAUCAACCGAGGGUCAUCAAGGUUACUGAGAAUAGCACAAAUCCUCAGACAACGGAUAUAACAAACAUUGAAUCGAAUACUAAUAAAUUCGACGCGAUAUUUGAAACUAGUGAAUUAGAGGAUAGCGUUAAAUCUGUUGUAAAAUCGGAGACUGAAGUGAAUUUACAAGAUGCCAAAUUUUUCAUAACGGAUGACAAAAAGUUAAUAUUACAAGAUAGUGAUAAAGCGACAUUGAAUUUAAUACAAGAAGGGGACGAAUCUGCUUUAUUUACUAUACAUAACAUAGGCGAGAGAUCGGAUGGAACUAUACUUGAGGCUGUAGAUGCUGAUCAACUAGGAGAACAGACUGAGAUCGUAGCGAACGACGAGAAUGGUGGUAUGGUGCGACUCAUACAGAUCAAAUUACCGGACGGCAACAACGGAUGGGUUGCCAUCAAUCGGUGAACUUGUUAUAAUAACUAUGGUUAGCUCAUAUUAAGGGCCUUUCCCAAUAUUUUAUCUGCCUGUUAAUUUUCUUACUAGAAUUUUGAGAAGUCGAGGUGGCCUAGUGGGUAAAAAAAUCAACCUCUCAAGUGUCGGACGUGGGUUCGAUUCAAGGUCAGGCAACUAUCAAAGCAACUUUUCUAACUUUGUAUGUACUUUCUAAGUAUAUCUUGGAUACCAAUGACUGCGCCGGGACCUACAGUUUAACGUGCUAUCCCAAAUAGCACACAUAGCACACCCGACAUAAAACGUUUGUUUUUCGUUAAAUAACGGUUUUCAUUGAAUAUUGAAUGUGAAAUUUCAUAGUUUUAAGAAAACUGACGUUUCUGUAGUCAUAACGACUGAACUGAUUAUGAUGAUAUUUGUUCUAGUAAAUCGCAUUUGUAAAUAAAGAAUAUAGUAUGUAUAAAAGCUUUUCUGUAUAUGAAACUAUGAUGUAAUUUUAAUUUGUUCUCUGUAAGACUGAACAGAUUCACUGUAAACUCGUCUAGAAAUUGUAAUUAUGCAAAAAUUUUAUUGUUCGUGAAUCGUGUCAAAUAUUUGUAUUAUAAUACAUUAUUGUUAUAUUGUAUACUUAUAAGUAAGAAAACUCCGCAAAGCGGUCAAGUCCAGUGUUCUUUUUAGUUCAGUGCUUUUAAACAAUGCUACACGUAUGAGCAGUGUACCGCUUGUUGGUUUGACUAGGUAAAUAUACAUACAUAACAUACUUAUUAUUGUUAUUUAUGAGAAUUGAACAAGUAUUUAAAAAGAUAAAGAAUCUUCCUCAUAAACAGAGUCGUGGUUGUUAAGUGGGUAAAGAAUCAACCUCUCAAGUGUGAGUAUGGGUUUGAUUUCCAGGUAAACCUAGUACCAAUGCAAAUUUUCUAAGUUACUGGACUAAAACUAGCGAUAAUCUUUGAAAAAACCUUGUACAUUCAAAAUAAUGUAAAUAUAGUAUUAAAACAAGAUUUUUUAUAUCA